AUGGGUGGUGGUGGAGGAAGGAAUGGGCAGGCCGUGGGUGGGGUUUGGGUGUGGAGGCGGUUGUGGGAAGAGAGGGAGGGUGGGGGACUGGGUAGACAAUCAAAAAGCCAAGAAGAGAUGUUUGCUUUCCUUCGAGCAAGUUGGUUGAGGGAGUAUGAGAUGGUUAGUUAUAAUGCAUUUUGGGAGAAAGAAUUGAAAGACAAAGUGAGAGAAGAGAUGGAGUGGGAGGAUGGAAGACUGGAAUGGAGCUUGUUGCUAGAAGAGAAAGUGGGGAGAAGCACUUUGAGAAGCAAAAACUGUGGUGAGGCUUAA